AUGACUGCUGAAGCCUCUCGAAUCACAUUAAAGGUAUUAUACACUCUGGAUGACGGUAGCAGUUACCUCGCACGUUCUAAGCAGCCCAGACAAGUCAGAGUUGCCAAUAUUUCAAACCCAAUUGAUUCAAAUAAAACCAUCAGAAUAGGUGCAAUUAGUAUAUCUUUGAUUCUAAAAGAGAUAUUUCUAAACUCGCCUGAAUUUAUUGAUCAAAAUAAUUCACAACAUGAUUAUAAUUUAUAUUAUAGAGAUAUAUGUGAAGUUGAUGAACCGUUAGUGUCUCUUGGUUUGCUAUCAAAGAUAAAAUCUAAAUUUAAAUUGACGCCAAAUAUGAAUAAUGAUGAGGAGAUGGAGGGAUAUAAGGAAGACGAAGACGAAGAUAUUGAAGAUGAAGAUAAUGACGAAUAUAUUGUCACAGGGAGAGUUUGUUCAAAUUUUGCGGCAUUACUGAGGAGGUCGUACAGUACGUCAUCUAAAAGCAAUAAAAAUAGGUCAGAUUCUGAAAGUAACUCGAUAACGUCAGAUACAUUAGAAAUUAAAUUGAAAUUUUCUAAAAUUGUAAAUUCUCACAGCAUAACAUCUGCUUUACCUAAGCUAGCACAUCCACAGGAACAGCAAAAAAAGCAUUAUGCCACACCAACAAUGAUUACUAGUUCUGUACGCCCUACCAAAAAAAGGCAAACAAAUCCAAUGCCCGCACCAAGAGCCAAAAGAACGCAAUCGUUACCUAUUUGGAACUUAAAACAACAGCAUCAACAACAAAAUGCCAUUGGUUUACCUAAAAAUUCGAUAGCACAUAAAAUUUAUCUAGCGGAUAGGCAGAUGGAAACAAAUGAGAAGCCCGUUCAAUCUUUGCAAUAUGAAAUCAAUACUUUGCAAAAUGAUAACACAAUACAGAAGAUCAAAGUGGACGAUUCUGUAAGUAAAAGAUUCGAUUUUAUGUUAAACAAGAAGAGGACACCAAGUAAUAUCGGGUCAUCUCCAUUAAAUGAGAAAGUUAAUAGAAAGACUAAUAAAGCUAAAAAAUCCAAAACGACACAUAAAAAUAACAAUCAUAUUAAUAAUUCUGAUAAUCAUAAGACGCCGGUGAUAGAAAACAAUUCACUAUUGAACGAUUUGCUAUUGUCGCAAAACAAUCCAACUCCAGUUGAUGAUUCUGAAGCAGAUAAGGAAAAUGUACCACCAUCACUUUCAUCAAAGAUGAUGCCGCCUCCUCAAACGACGAUGAACAAGGAAAUCGACUUAAGUCUGCUGAACUUCAGUGAUACAUGGUUACAAGAUUUUAGCAAGUUAACUACUCCCAGAGACAUUAUAGAAGAUAUGGAUAAAACGUCACCCAUCGACACAUUAUCAAUGCCAUUAAUGGAACUAGAAAAUCAAACUACCAAUCCUAGAAAUGUGUCUUGUCAAGAACAACUACGUAAACUACCAUUACUUGCUAAUGUAAACAAUGCCUCCGGUGUGGAACCAAAAGAUGGUGAAAAUAGCUCCGAAGAGGGUAAACUAGGAGGCAAGCCCGGUACUAAUUCUAAUAAUGGAGAAAGCUUAGCUGAUGAGUAUACAACAACACCAGAGAUAGAAGGAGAUGAAGAAGAAGAAAAGAAAGAGAAUAGAAUAAUGCCGUCUUCACCUAGUAUGAUGUUUGAAUAUCACAGACACGAUGAUUUAUUUUCAUCAUUUGUAGAUGGAUAUGAGACGUCUAAUACAGAUCAAUUUGCUAGUGAUGAGAUAAAUAAGUGA